AUGAGUUUCACCAAACUACUACUGUCCACCAGGUGGUUCUCCAAGAAGUUAAGCCCCGUCGAGCCCCUACAAACCUCAGCGGGUAGCGACAUAGUUUCCGCCUCAGUUAUCUCUAGGCCACGGUUUGACGAACUUCCAUUGAAACAGGGCCACCCGAAGGGCUCCGCCUGGGGGCUCUGGGGGGACCACGAUGAGCGGGGAACGUUGAAUUUGAUCACCGAGGAUAUUGUGCGCGCUGCUUCGGCGGAGCUUAUACAAGGAAGAGUUGUAAACUUGAACCUUCCUCUGGAUGUUCCACUUAAGCCGAUGAAUCCCCGCAGAAAGCCCUGCGCGCACAAUUUGAUUGCCAAAGGACAUGCCAACGAUGAUGAGCUCGAUUUCAACACGCAAAGUUCGAGUCACUGGGAUGGGCUACGGCAUUUCCCGUACUCCGAAUCCAAACAAUUCUACAAUGGAGUUGUCCAGGACGAGAUCUCGUCUAGUCAUAAGAUCGGUAUCCAAAACAUCGCGGAAAAGCCAAUUGUGACCCGCGGGGUGCUUCUUGAUUGGUAUGCAUAUGCUCAGCGAAAGGGCCUUCCACAUCGACCGUUCACAAACCAGGCCAUUCCUCUUGAGGAGUUGCUCGAGGUUGCCCGGGAGCAGCAAGUCACCUUUCGCCGAGGAGACAUUCUUGUUAUCCGUACAGGCUGGACGGCGGCAUAUUCGCGGCUAAGUGAUGCCGAGAAGAAGCGCCUGGGAGGGCGCGAUGAUCGUGCAUCCUGUGGGGUUGAAGCUACGGAGGCAGCGAUCCGAUGGCACUGGGAGCAAGAGUUUUCUGCUGUCGCCAGUGACACCGUGGCGUAUGAAGAAUGGCCAUCACCGAAACCAUGGGGCGUUUGUAUGCACGAGGUUUUCCUGAGCGGAUGGGGAAUGCCCAUAGGCGAGUGUUGGGAUUUGGAAGGGCUAAGUGAAACUUGUAGAGAGCUCGGCCGUUGGACGUUCAUGCUCACGAGCCAACCUCUCAACCUCCCUGGAGGUGUUGCCAGUCCGCCUAAUGCCACUGCAAUCUUUUAA